GACCUGCUGCAUCUGCGGGACUUACCGGGACUCACCCGGACUCACCCGGACUCACCGGGACACACCAGGACUUACCGGAACAUACCGGGACUUACCGGACCGGGACUUGGCAGGUGCCCUUUUUUUUCUGGGCAGCGGGUGCAGUAGCAGUUGUCUCUGGUGGAGUUACGCACGCGCACGUGUGUGUUGGUUUUCUUUCAGGAGCCAAUCAGAGCGCAACGUUCACCUGCUCUCACCUGACUCAGGUGAGAGCAGAGCUCCUGGCGCGUGCUCACACAGGAGUGGGUCUCAGGUCCGUGCAGACCGUGCAGACUGACUGAUCAAUGAAGCCGGAGAUCAUGGCGGAGGAACAUCAUUACAAGAGACGUAAACAGGCCAACCCACGCAGGAAGAAUGUGUUGAACUAUGAGAAGUUGAUCGAGACGAGUUCUGAGACGGAGGAGGACGAUGGGAUGUUUGUGCCGGAGGAGGUGGGCGUGGUCACUGUGGGGGCGUCAUCCUGCAAUAACAGCUGGACACUCAGAGACAAUGACAACACUGUGCGGCAAAUGGACGACGUCUCCAAACUAGACGAGUUUUUCUGCAAGCAUAAACCGGACCUUGGCGACAGUCGCCUGGAAACCGUGGCUGAAUACCUGCAGCGCAGCGGCACUGCCGUCAUUUACCCAGAAGCCCCGGAGGAAGUGACGAGACUGAGCGCGCCCGACGUCAUCAGUCAGGACGAGAGCGAACACGAUGAUUUCGCUCAGCUGCUCACAUGUCCGUACUGCGACCGCAGCUACAAGCGGCUGACUUCGCUACAGGAACACGUCAAAUAUCAUCACGACAAAAACCAGAUCAACUGUUCGCAACUGGAGCGUCACAUGACCCUGGAGAAACCUACCAGAGGGCAGGUACCAUCACACAGUGAAGACAAUGGAAACAGGAAGUUCAAAUGUUGUGAAUGUGGAAAAGCUUUUAAAUACAAACAUCACUUGAAGGAGCAUCUACGUAUUCACAGUGGUGAAAAACCAUACGAAUGCUCCAACUGUAAGAAGCGUUUUUCGCACUCGGGUUCAUACAGUUCACACAUCAGCAGUAAGAAAUGUAUCGGCCUUUUUGCCGUCAACAGGCGUAUGCACAAUGGAAACAACAGCAAACCUGGCUCCUCCCCCAGCUCCCCAACCUCAUCAUCAGGAAGACCCACCCUCACCCAGCUCCGCCACAAACUAAAGCACAAGCGAUUAUUUGGACCUCCAGAUCAGCAGGGUCAUCCUAGUGUCAAAUCCAAACAGAUGGACGUCAGCGAGUACCAGCUGCUCAUGGCCUCUCAGCACGGGUUUGGAGGACCUGCGGUCUACCUUAAUGGCUGCAGCAGGAGCAUCCACAUCUCCUCCCACAGACCCCUUCAAGACCUGAGCGGUAUAGGACUAGAGCUCCCUCUGCUGGGCUAUGCAGGAACUCUGGGGAAUAAUCUGAGUGAGGUUCAGAAGGUGCUUCAGAUUGUGGACAACACUGUGUGUCAGCAAAAGAUGGACUGGAAUUCAGAGGAGAUCUCCAGGCUGCGAGCGUACAUGAAGGAGCUAGGCACACAGAUAGAUGACCAGAAGGUGGCGCUGGGUGGUUUCCAUGGCAACACUCUGGAGAUGGACAGCAAGGUCAAGGGUCUGAUUGACGAUGCAAAGAAACCAGUGGAAGUCAAAAAGGAGAAACCAAAUCACUCAGCUAACCUGAGCAGGGAGGAGAACCACCGACUGCUUUUCUCCUGCCAGUACUGCAACCAGGCAUUUCCUGGACCCAUCCCACUGCACCAACACGAGCGCUACCUGUGCAACAUGAAUGAGGAGAUCAAAGCUGUCCUGCCACCAGGUGAUGGCAGCACCACGUCCUCUGAGCCUCCUGGCAAUGAGCAGGCACUCAGCCCCAUCAACUGCUUCAAAGACUACAUGUCCGUACCAAAGGCACAAUUCACUAUGAACGCUGAGCUGAACUCUGAGGAGCUGCUGAAAGUUUCCAGCACUGUCGGUCUUCCUCAGGAGUUUGUGAAGGAGUGGUUCUCCCAGUGGAACCACCAUGGUGGCAGGAAAACACUGCUGCUUCCUGACCUCAAGCAGAGCAUGAGCCAAUCACAUCUGUCACUUCCUGAUGUAGAUUCACACGGACGUUUUGCUGGCAUUGACACUUUGCACCGACUCAACAAUGGUCACCACUUUUCAGCCAACAGGCAGACGACAGACGAACAAGCACUCGACCCACAGGUGGACCAGCUGAGGAGAGACACGCCUUCACCUCUCAACCUUUCCUCCACAUCCUCCAAAACCUCUCAGAGCAGCUUUUACACCCCAAAUAUCCUCAUGUCUGAGGACGCUCACAGGGAAAUACCACUGGAUCUGUCACUGCCCAAAUCCACAGUGACUCAGAGGCUCAUGGUAGAGAAGCAACCCAGAGCCAACGGUUGUAUCUUUGAGUACAGCACUGAACAUGGGACUGCACCCAUAGACCUGAUUAGCAUCAAGACAGAAGUCCUGGGCUCUGAUGGCAGAGCAUCCUCUCUCCAACAGCUGGAGGAAAGCUCCAAUUCAAUCUUUGGGAUAAACCCCUUCGCUGGUGGUCCUAUCUACACCUCACGACAGCCACACAGUGCUUUUCCUCCACCCACCUUAAUGUCUCCAGCCCAGGCCACUGUCCCGGGCCUCAGACCCUUCCCCAGCCUGGAACCCAUGAGCUUCCUGCCCCAGAUGGCCUACACCUACUCCACAGGUGCCGCCACCUUCGCUGACCUGCAGCAGUGGAGGAAGUACCAAAAGAAACCAGGUUUCCAGAGUGAGCUGCUGGAUGGACAGUCCGGGGGGACGGAGGUGGACUUCCUGUCCAGCCUGGACGACCUGACAGACAGGAAGAAGAUGAAGAAGACUGAAAGUGGUAUGUACGCGUGUGACGUGUGCGACAAAACAUUCCAGAAGACCAGUUCCCUCCUCAGACACAAAUAUGAACACACAGGUAAACGUCCUCACCAAUGUCAGAUCUGUAAAAAGGCUUUUAAACACAAACAUCAUCUCAUCGAACACUCACGUCUUCACUCUGGAGAAAAACCGUAUCAGUGCGACAAGUGCGGCAAACGCUUCUCACACUCAGGCUCGUACUCGCAGCACAUGAACCAUCGCUACUCCUACUGCAAGAGGGAGGCAGAGGAGCGACAGGAGCAGGAGGAGCGUCAGAAGCGGGAGGAGCAUCAGGAGUGUCAGGAGCGGGAGGGGCACCAGGAGCGUCAGGAGCAACAGGAGCCGGAGGAGCCGGAGGAGCGACAGGAGUGUCAGGAGCGGGACAAAGGAGGAGGAGGAGAUGUGAUGGUAGAAGACAUGGAGACCACUGAGCUGCUGAUGAGGACUUCGUACCUGCAAGAACUGGUCACAUUCAGAUACUCUGACCCUGAUGCGACCCUGAGGGACAGCAGAGAGGGAGGAGGUGGACAGGAGGACACUGAAGGAGACAGUGAGAUGUUUGAGGAGGUGACAGAUAGAUCGGAGCCAAGUUUAAGGUAAGAGACGAGGAGGAGGAGGAGGACGAGGACGAAGGCAACAGUAGGGGCCAGAAGGACAUGAUGAAAGACAAAGACAGUGAAGACACGCUGCUGCUGAUGGACUGAAAAUAUCAAUCCAUAAGAGGCGAGGCCAGUGUGAUGGGGGCGGAGUUACAUUUGUAAUAAGUCAAACUAAUUUCAUCCACUAAAACAAAUAGUUAGGAUUUUAUUUGUAUUUUUUAAAGGUAAUCAUGGUUUGUGCUAAUGCUAGCUCAGAUUGAUGCUAGUUUGCGUCAUGCUGAACUCAUGCUAACAUUAGCAUGAGUUCAUGCUAAAUUCUGGGUUUUGAUCUAAUGGGAUGCUAACCGCUACCUGCUGCUAGCCUUAGUCAUGUGAUCAGGCCAUAGGAAUUAGAGUAAAAGAAAUGAUGCUAACAGUUAGCUCAGUGAUACAUGUAGGUGUUUGACGGUGAUGUUGUUGUUGUUUGGUGAAACCUGUUGACAAAAAACACAAAUAAACGGUCGCUAAACUGUUUUAGUUUCAAUGCAUUUAAGGUUAAGGUUAACCCCAACGAGCAACACGAGCAACGCGAGCAACAUGAGCAAAGCAAUAAACCCACAUUCAGGUUUUGAACCCUUCAAAGAGGACGAGCAGCGUGUCAGUGUGUAUUGUUACUGUGACAGUCACUGUAUGUUAUUGUAAUUAUAGAUCAUUCAGUGUUUGGACUGUUCCAUUGGGGCGGGGGGUUAAAGAUGUACAGGUGCUACUAAGUUCUUCGAAACACGACAGAAAAGAAACUUCCUGUUAUUGUGUUUACUGUGUUUGUUUGUUUUGAUCUUGAGCUUCCUGCUGUUUUCUACGGAGCCCAUCGAAAAAAAAAAAACUAAACCUAUCUGGUGCGCACAAGAUACUUUCUGGUUCCGCUAGUUUUUAGUUUUAGAUUAUCUGCUUGCCAGGCAACGAAAUUUCGUUGCCAGUUUUCGCUGCUGUGUUUUCUGUGCAAUGACAAA